ACCUCACCACACGCCAUUUGUCUUGCUUGGGUGCUCUUUACUCUUCCAGCCACUUUUGUCACUGUCCUCCCUGCAGUAAUGAGAUCCUGGAAGCUCUGCAUGGAUGUUCUGUGGUGUGCUGUGACCCUCACAGCAUUUCCAGGGGCUCAGCAGGAGCAAGAGUUUCUGAGCAUCUGGCCCAGAAAGCCUGUGGUGGAAUUUGGAGGCUCCAUUGUAUUAAACUGCAGUGCCAGUUGCAAGAACAUUGUCCUGGAGACCAGCUUAAACAACGUUCCAGCAGGGGACGGUCCUACUUGGAGAGCCUUCAGCCUCACCAGCAUCCGCAGCUGGGAACCAAAACCAUUGUGCUUUGCUACAUGUCAAAAUACUACAGUUCAGGAAGCAGCCAUCACCGUUUACCGAGCUCCAGAGCGCGUAGUGUUGGAUCCGCUGCCAGAGGUGGAGGUGGGUAAGGAGUAUAAUGUGACUUGUCGAGUUUUCAAUGUUGCCCCCAUCCGGAACCUCACCGUGACCUUGUAUAAAGGGAAGAAGAGGCUGUACGUGGAGACCUUUGAGGACCACAGGAAUCCUGAAGCCGGCAAUGUUGUGGUGACAAGCAAGAGCAUCACCGCUCAGCAGAAUGACCACGGAGAGGAAGUCUCCUGCCACACAGCUCUGGACCUGAGGCCGGAAGGGCCCCUCUUUGAAAAGGGAUCAAAUAAUCUAAGUGGAGUGCUCGGUGGAAGGAGGAGAGGAACAUGGAAGCCCAGUGGGCUGUCACUUGAUCUUAACAUUUCCCUUGCUUUAUGUGUUAUUUCAGACCCUCCAGAGCAGGUGGUCAUGGAGCUCCAGAAGUCUUCCACAGGCCACAGCUGGCACUAUAACCUGAAAUGCCACAUUGUAAGAGUGGCCCCCCUCAGCAAGCUCACAGUGACCUUCUUCAAAGAGGCAGAGAGGCUACAUUCGCAGAAACUCUGGAACUAUACCAGGCCUGAGCGUGCCAACGUUACAGUCACCCACCCCAUCACCCUGAGACCGUGGGACCAUGGGAAGGUGGCUACCUGUCAUGUGACACUGGAUUUCAGCCCCCACAAAAAGCCCUUCACUGCUGCAUCCCACAAGGUGCAACUCAGGACAGCUGAAUCCUCCACAGCUAUAAUUGUAGCUGCUUCUUCCAUAGCCAUGCUGUCUCUUCUCCUCGUCUACUAUCUGGUCUGGCGUAGGUUUGGCAGGGCUCUUCAGCUGACUUCGUCCUCCAAGGCCUGGGGCAAGCAAAACUGGCUGUCCCCACCCCUCUACACAAGCCUGAACUUGGGAUCCCAAGUGGUUCGCUAG